GGUCGCGUCAGUGUGUGCGGGCCAAAGGAGAAGAAAACGAUUCACCUGCAUAUCGAAACGAACGGAUACACCGCAUUCGCCGCAUUUUUUCCCCGACGAAAACAAAAAAACACAAACGAAGUUGUGCAUAGUUACCGGCGGGAAAAAGCGCACGUUCUCCCGACACGUCGCAAUCAACGUUUUUCCUCAACAUUCAACCGGAUUUUCUUUCAUCAAAGUGAGCGGCGUUUCCAUCUCUACCGAGCGCGGCACACACGGGUAGAUCCGGGGACUCCAUAACCUCAAAACGAGCCGGAGGGGGAAAACCGAUUGAACUCAUUCGCACCGCAGCAUGUCGCACACCAUUUUGUUGGUGCAGCCGGGACAGCAUCCGGAAACCCGUACCUACAGCGACUAUGAAAGCGUUAACGAAUGCAUGGAGGGCGUUUGCAAGAUCUACGAGGAGCAGCUGAAGCGGCGCAACCCAAACACACCGACCAUAACCUACGAUAUUAGCCAGCUGUUUGAUUUCGUCGAUCAGCUCAUAGAUCUUAGCUGCCUUGUGUACCAAAAGUCUACCAACACCUACGCACCGUACAACAAGGAAUGGAUAAAGGAGAAAAUUUACGUACUCUUGAAACAGGCAGCCGGCACCACCGCGUAACGUUGAAUGUCUCUAUAUUUCUAUUGCUUUACCCUUUUUUUUUUCUUCAUUCUAUUCCCGUAUUUUCUACAGUUUCACACGUUCCCUAUUGCUUUAUGUUAUUGUGAACCAAACACUGGUACCGGUUCCUGUUGAGGCAAAUUAAUGCCGAAACGUCGAGAAGGUACAACAGUUUGAAAUACUUUUAAAUUAUGACAUUUUUUUGGAGUUUUCGAUUAUUCGAGAAUUCAUAAUGAAAGCAAUAAGGGUCUUAGAAACGUACCUUAAUUACUCUUCUUUUUUUUUACUUAUCUGGUUCAGUUUCUCACUGCAAUUGUUCCCAACAACCCUUCCUUAUUUUACGUUUAGUUUUGCUAUUUCAUUUUCUUUUUAAAUAAUUGUAUUGUAACACACAAAUCAAGGUACAGCUCGAAUGAAAAUGCAUCCAGAAGAAAAUUCAUUAGCGAUAGUAUUUUUUUUUUUCAAAACACAUGGAAAAGCAACAGUAGGUACACAAUACUCGUUCACGUGCCCGUAAAGCUCCCUUGCAGCGAUGUAGGAACGCAUUCUUGCCGUUGACCUAACUACCCACUAGGUGUAAUUAGGCUCACCGAAAUGUUGCUCGAGUGGCUCGAUCGAUUGACCAAUCAGUUCCGUGAGGAUCACAGUUAUGACUGUAAAAAGGAUCAGCCUACUGAAUCGUAACACGCAGCGAGAAGAUUAUUCCGGCUAAGGAGCUUAUUUCUUGAACCAAGCAAGUAACGAAAGCAGCGAUAUCCGGGAUUUUUUGAGGCAAACAAUAGUCAGUCGCCGAGAUGCUACAGCUAUGGGCAAGGAUGUAUUGUGCACCACCGUCAGAGGGAUAGUGUUAUUCGAGUAAAUGGCAGUUAAAAAUAAAAUCUGUAAACUGUAAAUGGCAAGUGGCAAGAGUGGGGAGUAUAAAGCAACGGAUUUCCAAAAGAAAAAAACGAAAAAGAAAGCAAUGUAAUUAACUCUACUA